UUUCAGAAUUUCGGAGAUGAGCAUGUCAGAUUCGUGUUUGAAUUUGUCAUCAUUUGACAGCCGAUGCAGGGCAUCGGCUGCCGCCGAGGUGUCGGUGGAGAUGAUGAUGGACGGGCUGCGUUCGGAGGACCCCCGCGCAUUUGGCGAUGCAUGUGCGCUCAUCUCGCAAGCUGCGUCGCUCCAGGACUCGCUGCCCAAGGUGCACGAGCAGCUCAAGUCGCUUUUGGCAGAUCUCGCAGGCGACAUCAACAAACUCGACUCCGUCGUCACACGUGAGCGGAAACGGCCGACGACAAGAGGCAUGCAGAGGCAUGCAGGGCAGGGCCACCGGAUUCCUGCUGGGUGCAUGCUUGUGUUGGAUUGGUGUGUCGGUCUGCAGGGGUGGCGGAGGCCUUCACAGACUCUAGCAAUGCAGCCAGGCAGUCGGCAGCCGCCCGGCUCCUCUCGCUCACCUUCUGCCUGGGCGCAGCGGCGCUUCCCUUCCAGUUUUCCGAGUCCACCAUGCGGCAUCUCAUCGAUGCGGUGGCGGGCGCCGAGGCGGCCGAGGGCAACGACAUCACGACGGUCAAGUUCAGCCUGCUGCGGCAUCUCAUGGAGGCGUCGUACGUGACGGCCGCCAUGAGAGACGCGCUGCUGGUGCGGCAUCAGGCCACGGUGGAGGAGGCCAUCAAGUCGUUGUUUUGGAGCGGCACUGCUGUCGUAUCGGCUGCGGGGGAGCUGCUGCAGGUGACUGACCGGGGAGAGGGGGAGAGGGACCGAGAGCACAUCAGAGAUGGCUGGCUGUGCCUGUAUCUGUCUGUGUGCGUGGUUUGGUUUGGUUUGUGCAGUCUCUGUUUUCACUGCAGAAGUUUCCCCCGCCGUCACCUCUGCGUUCGAUGCUGUUUGUCUUCCCCACCCUCGUGGACGUGGUGCAGCGGCAGACGAACAUUGAGCAGACACACAUGUGGGGGCUGACCAUCCUCCUGCUGGGCGUCACGCUCAGAAACAUCGACAAAGCAACCAAAAAGAAGAGUAGGUGCCGACAGGGAGGGAGGGAGGGAUUGACUCCUUUCUUGUCCGUGUCUGUGUUAGGAUUGGGGAAGAAUGACGAGUCCAAGGAGAUGUUGCGUGAGUUCAUCUUUCCGAGCAUCGUGCCCCUGAGCACCAUGCUGGCGUCAGACGAUGUCCACCUGAGUGUCAAGAAGACCGCGGCGCUCACCCUGGGCGUCAUGUUCGAAUCUGCCGACUACAUGAGCAGAGGUCAGACAAACAAAGGGACAGAGACCACACACAUACGGCUGCCAUCGAAUGGACCGUCCCUCCCCUCUGUGUGUGCAGAACCGUCGACGUACAGCUCCCUCGAUGCCCUUGAUCAGCCUUACGAGUACUCCUUCCUGCCGAAGCGGCUGUGCAAGCGGCUCCUGGAGGACCCCCGCAUCCUAGGCUCGGUCAUGGCGGCCAUGAAGGAGGAGGUCAGCCACGAGGUCAACGCCCUCAUCGCAUCAGCCCUUCUAGUCCCCUCCAUGAACCUCAUGAGACCUGACGGUGAGUUAGAGGGAGGGAGAAUGGGUGUGGAGCAGAGCAGACACACGGGGGGAUGCCUUCUUGUCUGUUUGCAGAUUCAGUCGACUUUCAGAACGCGAUGGAUGCCGGCUGGCUUGACGUCCUCGCGUCCUAUGUGCGGCACAAGGCGCUGCUCAAGGACGGCGAGAAGAUGGCUCGGACGCUGCUCGUCACAUGGAAGAUGAUACAGACCAACAAAGAGGUCAAACAAGGGGAGGGCUCGAGUGCACGCCCGAGUGUGUGUGUGUGUUCAGAUGGCGGUGCGCACGGAGCUGCCUGAGGCGUUGUGUGAGUUGGUGGUUGAGUAUGCCUACCAUCCCUUGAGCCCCAAGGCCAGCCCCAUGAUCGACAGGAUGUCCCGCAUCAUCAACAUCGACUUCCUGUGCUCCAUUGUCAACGACAUCGUCACGUAAGCCAAGAAAAAUUAAGAGACGGCAUUCAUCCUGUGCUGUGGCCAAUGUGCGUCUUGUGUUUGUUGUGUUAUGAGCAGGCCCCUGCUGGACGGCGAGGAGUCGCACAAGCAGCUCAUGCGCCGGCUCAUGCAGGUACGCAACUACGCCGCAAUCAAUAGCUCCCUCACACACGCCGUCAUGUGCUGUGCUGUGCCUGCCCCUCCGUCUGCUGGUCUGUCUGUGUCAGUUCGAUUCCAUCAAGACGCUCCAGUCGAUGAGCCAGCAGCAGGCCGAAGAGGACAACAUCGGCGACUGGCGUCUCCUCAACCUCCUCAGGAUCAUCGAGCUCAGGUCCGUCGGCAAGCCACUCGUCCCGACACCAUCGCCAUACGCCGCCAUACCGCCCCCACCCCCACAACAGCAGCCACGCCAGCAGCAGCAGCAGCACCCGCCACACACACAGAAGAAGCAUCACCACCUUCCGCCGCCCAAGAAACCGCCAAGCCCUAGCAACGGUGCCCCAUCACCCCCCUCCAAGAAGUCGCUCGAGGAGCAGGAGAAGGAGGCGCGCAGGCACGCAGAGGAGCUGUUGGCUGAGGAGCGGCGGGCCAAGGCCAAGGCCGACAAGAAGGCCAGGAAGGCCGCCAAGCGCAAGGGAGGGGCUGGGGAGGGGGGCGCAGCGACGGGUGGCGACAAGACUGUGCCGUCGAAUGCUGCACCGAUGGAUCAGUGAGCGAUCGAGCCAACACACCAUUGCUUGCUACCUCUGAUGACCUCUGCUUUUGGUGCGUGUGUAUGUGUGUGUGUGUGUGUCAGGCCCGUGUCUGAGAGCCACGAUGACGAUGCGGCCGGUCCAUCCAGUAGCUCUCAGUAAGAACACAGCCACUCAUGGACACACACAUGUGUCUGGCGUGGAUCGCUUUUCGUUUCUCUCGAUCUGCGUGUGUCCAGACUGCCCGAGGUGCCGACGCUGGAGUCAGUGGCUGAGGAGCCAGCCGAUGAGGAGCUUGAUGUCGAUUCGCCGCCAGCCGACGCCCACCGAGAGUAAGUGCCGGCAACACGCUGAGGGUCGAUAGAUAGAAACAGACAGACCAUUACUUCCCAUCCCCUCCUCCCUCCUUUCUUUCUUUGCAGCCAUGAAGAGGAGGCUGUGCACGAGACAGAGGAGCCCGAGGAAAGCCGUUCCUCGCCCACGCAGGAGAGGUACACAAACAACAACAACAACAGUAUCCACCCAACACCAACACGCACACACAUGUUCUCUCUUGGUGCCUUCCGUGCCAUGCAGGUCACCUGAGCCAUCGGUGCCGCCCUGCCUCUUCCCUGCGCCGGCCGACAACGACGAUGACAACGACUUCAUGCCCGUCGUCAGCAGACGCAAGAAGAAGGGCUCCAAGGCGCCACCCAAAACACCUGCAGAGGCGGGCGAAAGGGGCGUCGAGCACCCGAGAGUGACCCCUGCGACAGAUGCGCCACGCAGACAGACAACGACCAGGUAAGGAACGGAGCACGGCUGGCGCUCACCUGACCUGCACCCCUGUGAUGCGGCUGGCUGUCUGCAGGGGUAGGGGUAGGGGUCCGCCUCGAGGGUUUGAGAACGAGUUUGUGUCGAGCUUGCGAGGUGCGCUUGAUGGGCCGUCUAGCAGUGGGCCUUUCGGCUUCCUUUCCAAUGGGCAGCCGUACUUCCCCGAUCUCAACGGCACGUAAGGCGGGCGCUCCAGAUGCUGGAUAUAUGCUCUGACACACGAUGGAUGCACACUUCUGCUGCGUCGUCUCAGGCCUGGCGGCAGGGUGCCCAGCUGGCCAACGGACCAGAGGCCUCUGCAUACCCCACAGCAGCAGCAGCAGCAGCAGGAGCAGCAGCAGGAGCAGGAUUGCAGGUACAACCAAUGGUGGAUGGGAGAGAGUUUGUGCGAGCGUGGAACCAGCCUUUCGACCGAUGCUCUCUCUGUUCAGGUCGGUUCCAUUUGGCGAGCAGCAUAGCGUUGAUACGAGCGCGAGCAAAGAGGCAGGCCCGCGAGUGGACAACAGGUAUGCGCAGGCCGUUUGCCAAACGAUGCGUCUGUCGACCGUCUGUCUGUCUGUCUGUCUGUGUGUGUAUGUGCAGGCCGAUGGGAUGCCCGGUGGUCUCUUGGGAUGAUGACGAUGAAGACGACGACGAGGAGGGGUAAGGCAAGACCAUAGACAACGCCCCCUCCCUCUGAUGGCGACAUCCGAUUGCUCUGUGGUGUCUGUGUGUGGUGUGGCAGGCCGGCCUUUCUGACGGCAAACGGUCCUGACGCUGGCAUAGCCUAUGACGCGCCUGAGCCGGUGGAGAGCAGCUAUUUCGAUUAUCCCGACCCGCACUACACGAUUCCGCCCCGUCCGAUGGCGCCCCCUCCCCCUCCCCCUCCCCCACUAACGCAAUCGCUUGCCGCUCACCCGUCUGGAUCGCAGCCAUUCCUGUCGGCCAUGUCGCCAUUUGACCAAAGGUGAGUGGGUCCACCUGCUGUAGGUCCACCAACACUGCUCUCUGGUGUGAGUUGCAGUGUUGGUGUGGGGCAUUUCGCGAGUGAUAGCGGUUUGAACCACCACCAGCAGCAGCAGCAGCAGGGUAGCGGCUUCUUCGACGCACCCACGGCCUCGUGGGCUGCGUCUGCCCCCUCUCAUGUGACAGUAGAUGCUGACAGCAGCCGCAGCUACAACGACACGUCAGCCGCACACAUAAUGACAGCUUUACAUUGCCCAGAAGUCCACUUCUCCCUCUUGUCCCCCUCUGUUUGAUGUCAGAUCGUUGGCUGCGUCGAGCUAUCAGAUGGACAGCAUGGAGUACGGCCAGUCGCUGCUCGCGCAGAGCUCACCAUGGGAGGGAUACUCGUCGUCGGCCUUCGGGGUGUCGGUAUAUCAAUACGACAACGGCAACGGCAACAGGUAAGGCAUCCAGCCGGGUCGCAUCCGUGUGACUCACUCACCACCCGCUGUCUGUCUGUCUGUCUGUCUGUCUGUGUCCCCUCUCCGACCGACAGCAUGGCUCCCAACGGCAGCUGGUAUGGUGCGAGCUCAUCUUCAUGCAGUUUCGGUGACGCCGCGCCUGCACCGGCAGCUGCAGCAGCAGCAUCUGCCAUGCCCCUCUACCCCGAGGCCGCUGCGCCCAGCAACAGGUCGGUCCGGACAAACAUCAUUCCACACACAUCGAUGCCGGCACAUGUGUGGGGUUUGGUGUGGUGUGUUGUGUAUGUGUGUGUGUGUGUGUGUGUGUUGCUUAGCUCAUCUCUGAUGCCCUUUGACGAGCUGGAGGACGCCUGGAACGAGGCACAGCAGCCCUGUUUCAACGUCCACACACACCCGCCGUAACAGACACAAGCAAAACACCUGAAUGAACCUCACUGUCGUGUGCCUCAUUGGCCCGCUUGUGUGUGUGUGUGUGUGUGUGUGUGCAGUCCGCCCCCUCCCCCAUUGGUGAUGGGAUACAAGCAGCAUCAACACCAACACGGGCAGCAGCCGAUGUAUAGCGCCCCCGAUCAGCUGAGCAGUGAGCAGAUGAAGGACCAGCUGCUGCUGCAGCUCAAGCAGCAACUCGAGGAAACACAGAGACGGUGCGAAUGAAAUGAGCACACGAGAGGGCCCGGCCUUCCUGUCUAAUCAUUGCCUUUGUUUGCGUGCAGCCUCGCGGCGGUGGAGCAGCGUUCUCAGCUGACCCAGGGGCCCUCCCCAUCCACCAGCAGCAGUUCCGCAGCGGCAGCAGCCCCACCACCCGCACCAUUCGCACCACUCGCACCAGCUGCUGCAGUCGGGCAGUCGGGCUGGUCAGAUGUGUGGAGAGAAGAUGGUGUCGACCUGCAGCCGUGGUAGAUCGUUCGUUUAGCACACGGCUGGCGCUGACAUAAGCAGCGGCACCCCUGAAUAACGGCCGAGCAGCGUGCGCUGCAGCGAGAAGGCCACCUACGCGGACACCAAGGACAGCGUCGUCAGAUGGGAGGCAGGCACUUUGGUGGCCCCUCUCUCUGUUUGUUGUGGGGCGGUCGGUGCAUUGCCAUUGGCAGGUAGUGCUUAACUCGGUGAGAAGUGGUUGAGGGAGGGAGUUGGUUAAGAGAGCUUUUCGUGUGUGUUGGCUUGUUUAACUCGGGUGGGGCGGGUGCACGUGGCUGGCAUGUGUUGUGUGGGGUGUGUGUGUGAGGUUCCGAUGCGUAGCAAGCGGCUGCUUAAAUGGACACUGAGCUCCCUUGGCUGUGUAAGUGGAUUGGCUGUCUGUCCGUCUGUAUGCCUCCGUGCGUCCUGACUUCUUGCUUGUCAAUAAAGGCACAUAGACAGCGUUGGUCAUUUUGCUUUGGAUCGACCCGGCCUUACUCGUCCCUCAAUCCCAUGCACCUCACCUUAAGUAAUGACCCUGCCGCCCAGCCGAGCAGAGACGAUGUGUGCAUGGUUGAGUCGGCUUCUCUGGUCGAACCCAUGUU